AUGCGGCAAACAAGUCACGAUCAAACAUUUUUUCGCACUAUAUUUCCUGGUAUUGGUACGUUGAUCGGUGGGACCAUUGGUGGCUUUGUUGGUUCAGUCGGUACCUCGUCAUUGUCACAAGGGUUGACGGAAUAUUUAUUUGAUUUACCGCAAAGUGUUGCAUUAGAAAAUGCUUACAAAUUCUUGAACCUGUCACCAUCUUGUUCGAAUGAUGAAAUUAAUAGAAGCUGUAGAACAUUAGCACUUCGAUUUCAUUCGGAUAAGGAUGGAAAGACUGAAGAUUUCCAGAAACUACAAAUUUCAGUAGCAAUAAUUAAAGAAGCCCGUGAACAAGAGGGUCCACAGUGGGCAAUUUUUGAUAGGCACUUGAAUUGA